AUGGUCGAAUGUUUACCGCCGCCGGUCUGCCCACCUGUGUCUCGCGUCCGCGGACGACGACGACGCGGUAUCAGGCGUGUCCUACGAAGUUCGUUGGAAGAACAAAUUCGAGGUGCGCUCCUUCGCGCGAAGUCUUCGUCCCUCUCCUCGCGGCGUCCAUCUCAGCACUCGCUGACCGUUUGCAUUCCACCUUCGCAGGAGCUCCGCGCGUUCAAGGAUGAGCACGGUCACAUCGUCAUCCCGCGUGGCGAUCCAACGUUCAAACACCUCGUCGGCUGGGUCGCGCAUCAGCGACAAAAAAGGCGCCAAGGAAACAUGAGCGCGGAGAGACAACGCGCCCUCGAAGAAAUCGGGUUCGUCUGGGAACCUUCCUUGGACAGGAAAGCGCGCGCGGGGGAGAGGGAAGAAGCUAGAAGUAAAAGAUCGAACACGGCGUGGGAGAAUAAGUUCAAGGAGCUGCGCGCGUUCAAGAAGAAGCACGGCCACGUCGUCGUGCCCCGCGCGGACCCCUCCUUCAUUCCGCUGUGUAGGUGGAUCGUGUACCAACGCCGGAAACGGAAAGAAGGCACCCUGAGCGAAGAAAGACGCGUCGCUCUCGAAGAGCUCGGCAUACAGUGGGAACGACCGGCGGUCUCGUCGUCUCGCUCUGACGACAGCGAAGAGCGCGCGAACACGAAAACGCAAGACGAGAGAUGGAAAGAGAAGUUCGACGAGCUUCGCGCGUUUUACGACGAGAACGGCCACACGAAAGUGCACAGCGGCGACACGAAGUUGCACCAGUGGUUGGUGAACCAGCGUAGAAUGGCGGGGAACGAUAGCUUAGUGAACGAACGCCGCGUCGCGUUGGAGAGCCUGGGCGUCGAUCUCAACACGAGCCCCAGGGUGAGCUGGUCAGAGCGCCUUCAAGAGCUCGGCUCGUUUCGCAAAGUGCACGGGCACUGCAACGUCCCCGCGACGUACAGACAUAACAUCGGACUCGGGAGCUGGGUCGCGUAUCAACGCAAGUCUCGCCGCGCGGGUACGUUGAGCGCGAAAAAAAUCGAAGCCCUCGAGAAACUCGGCUUCGAAUGGGUCACGAAAAGAGGCACAAAGCCUAAGAUGAUGAUGCACGUGAGGCAAAAGAUGUCGCCGUGGGCGCUCGUGAACGGCGGGGCGAACGCGCGAGAGAGGCUCUCUGACUUGAGCUCUGAAAAUUCGGUCGGGGUAACGUGGCUGGGCGGCGACGAGGACGAUUCCGCGCGCGAACCGGAAAAACAACGCAAGGGGAGCCGCGUCUUGCUCAAAGAAAAGCCGAAGAAGUCCAAGGAAGGUCCCGUCGUCGGCGGAUGGGGGAAAAAGUCGGCCGCGUACGAGGAGAAGCAACAGUUCGUGUUCGACCGAGUUCACGGGUGGUGGAAAGGCGAAGGCAAGGACGGAGAGAACUGGAAGGACGCACGGGCUAGGGUGAGGGAUAUGCGUUACAACUACGCGGUGCAAGCGAAGGACAGACGCAUAAAGCCCGACAUCGUGAUCGAGGUUGUUGACGAGGCGGAUGACGACGUGGUGACAACGUGGGGGUUGGUCAUCGAAGUUGACGAGUUCGCGCACCGACGCGGGAAGCACUACAGCUGGAGCGCGGAAGAGGAGCGCAUGGAGGAGCUGCAAGCCACCCUCGGCGUCCCGCUGAGGUUCGUGAGAUUCAAUCCGGAUCCGACGACCGCGAACCCGGAGGAUCUGAACGCUCGAACGGAUAUGCUCGUCGAACACGUCGCGGAGUGCAUGCUGUCGUCCGCGCCGGUCAGGAACUUGGAAGUCGUGUAUUUCCUGUACGAUUGA